AAAAAUGCAACCUUUUUCACGUGACACGAACGAACAUUUAAUUUAGCAUUAGCCAUUUAUAUACUAUUUACUUUAGUUCACUUAGAUACUUCCCUCAAGCAUAAGUUUACAUCACGCACGAUACUAAAUUGAAUUUGGUUAAGCACUUGGUGCUCCAAACUUAACAAACGACUAAUUCAAAGUGGAUCUGAAAAAAGUGGGAUCGCUCAAAAAUGUUAACAACGGAUACCGAAUUGACGAAACACACCGAUCCCGACGCCAAGGUCAAAUGCGAGAUUUGCGGCAUUACUUGCAAAAACAGACACGCCUUAUCUUCCCACAAGUGGAGGCUUCACACUAACCGGAAGCGACCAACCUGUGACACGUGUCAUCAGGUGUUUUCAAACGCGACCAACUUACGGAACCAUAUUAAAGCCGUCCACAGCACGAAGGAACGACCCCGUUUCCCAUGUAGAUUUCCCAACUGUGACAAAACCUACCUACGCAAGAGCGAUUUUACGAGACACAUGAAGACUGAGCAUGCCCAGAAUCCCAGAUUUCCCUGCACGCUUUGCAGACAAGAAUUUAAAUCGAGUUCUCACCUUGGGCGUCACAUAUCCACCCAGACGACGGAGAAGACCUUCAAUUGUGCCACGUGUGAGAAGAGCUUUUCCGAGAAAUGUGGGAAGACGCGUCACGAGAUAAGACAUUUGAGCAAAUCGGCCCGAGACGUGUCAAACUGCCACAUCUGUCCUCAGACCUUCUUAAGCAGGAUUACCUUACAACGCCACAUCCGAAUUGUGCAUGAAAAUGAGAGGAAUUACGCGUGCACAUUGUGUGAUAAGAGGUGCUCAAACUCAGGGAACUUGAAGCGUCACGUGGAGGCGCGACAUGCCACGAAUAAAGAGAAGAUCUAUUCCUGCGACAAAUGCAAGUACAGAACCCACUCGAAAGGUUAUUUGGCCGCUCACCGAAGACGACACAAUGCCGUGAGGCAUAAAUGUUACUUCUGUGUGAAAAAAUUCGUCGCUUUUCAAGCAUUGGCCAGACAUUGUCGAGUUCACACUUUGGAAAAGUCAAAAUACUUAUCUAUUUAAUGGGCAUAUCAAGAAUGGUAAUUUAAUAAAUUUUACGAAAUUGUCGAUAUUUGGCAAAAGCCGUUUCGUUGAGAACCAUGGGAUUUUAGUUACUGGACAAGUUCUUAAUUCGCUAGAAUAUUAGAAAUAUUAUAUUUCCGAAUACUCCUUUUCCAACGGUUGGAUAAACGUGGUGGGUAUAGACCCACCAUGGGGAUAAAUUUUGUACAAAUUUGUUGUGACCACAAUUAGAUAAAUUUUACGCAGUUGUCAUUUCAUUUAUUCAACCACUGGGCAAAUUUUGGUUCUUUUUAAAUUCAGAGUGUAUCGGUUUAUACUAAUUUGUUUACUAGCAUUACGUAUGUAUGUAUGUAUUUUAUUAUGAAGUCGUAUCAUUAAUUAGUACAAAUAUUGUAUUACGUAUGUAAAUAAUUCAAUAAGCAUAAAUACUUACAAUUAAUAAUUAAUUAAUAACAUCAUAAAGCACAAUA